AUGGCGGAAAAUGAGGAAGUUAUGAAGACGGCAAACUUUUCCGUAGAUUAUCUUCAAAAGUUGGACUAAACUGUAACUUUCAUUCAAAGUAAUCCUUUCAUAAUGGCGUCAGUAGAAGCCUGGCUGAAGACUCUCAAUCUGGAAAAUUACGUCUCCACACUAAAAGCAGCUGGCUUCACGGAAAUAUCCUUGUGUCACAACCUUGAUGACAUCACGCUGCAGAACAUAGGAAUACAGCUUCCAGGGCACAGGAAGAGGAUUCUGAGCCACUUACCUCGGGAGUAUGUUAAUCUGUCCCAGGUGUCAGGUGACGUGGAAGGACACGAGACGGAGGCUGUGUAUUCUAAUGUGCCUGAGACUGAGGCGCCACCUAUCCUGCCGCCAAAGAAAAGAAGUUUUGUCGAGGAUCCUUUGACUGCACCCAAGGUGGUUUCCAGACCUGUGCCCCAGCCGCGACAUAGGGCCUCGUCUAGAAAAAGCAGUGGCAGCUCUAAGAAAAGUUUUCUCUCAGAUGAGGUGCAGUCUCCAAAAGAGACAGUGCCGGAGGAUGAUGAGGCUUUAACCAAGUCAGAAGAUGCUGUAGGAUCAGUUUAUGCAAACACACAAAAUGUUAAGACACAGAUGCCCUCUGGUGGCUUGACAGAAUCUCCACUUGAGGGCACCACUGUCAAUUUUGGGACAUCAGCACUUGGGGAGCGUAAAUUGAGCGAGCCACCAAAGCCCAAGCCUAGGCCGCGACCACGACCCUAUAAAUCUUUUGAUAGCAGUGCAAGCACUCCUGCUGGACAGGAGACCAAGGAACAGAACAAUAUGGCGGACAUUCUACCAAUACACAAUAAGACAGAUGUUGUGCCUGCUGCCAAUAUGGCAGACACCACUUGUGUACAAAAUAAUGGCAAUGACAGACAUUCUGACAGCACAACAACACCACGAGUGUCAGACGAGAUCUAUCAGAACACAGAGAUUGGCCCAGACAUCAGUGCCCUUAGUGAUUUUCUCGAAACUGAAAACCGCAAAAGCAAUUCAAGUUUUGGGUCUAGUAGUGCAAUCCGAGGCUCAGUAGGUAUCGAAAGCUUGCGCGCCAGACUGGAAGACUUAGAUGCUCUAAUUCCUUCCGAUGACGAAAGCUCCCCUACCAAACUGGGUGCUCUUACAGGCCCUGAGCUGUUAGACCAGGUGCCCCCCUCCCCUCGCCUGGUCAGGGCUGCGUCGAAUAAAUUCAAACCAAUGACCAAGCCUCCUGAUGCUGACAUCACAGACAUGUUUGAUCCAUUCAGACGUGUCUCUUCAGAAAAGAAGGAAUUGAGUCCCCUUGCUAUCAAGUCUAAUUGUCUUGAUGUUCCCAUCAGUUCAUCCACACAAAUAAAUCCCCCUAAAAGCCAAGACAAGUCAGCCACACAGACAUCAAACUAUGAAGCAAUAUGGCCAAGCAAUAGGUUGUCUGGGAUGGUUUUAAGUAAGAACAAAAGUUCUGCUGGGGACUUGAUGUCCAUGGACUCGCCAUUGGAAUCACAUAAAGAUAUCCUCUCUGGAAGUAACCAGCUCCCACAGGCUUUGAAUCUGGAGACUCCCCCAGGGUCAAGAGACUCCACCCUCUCCUUCACAUGUCCGCCACCAAGUUUUUCUCCUCCACCUCUUCCAACUAUGGUGGCUCCCCCUAUCCCACCACGAGCUGGGCCACCAGAUUUUCCAGCUCCAUCUUUACCCCCCACAGACAAACCACCCACCUUUCAGGCUCCACUUCUACCAGCUUUUGAAACAUCAAAUCAAACCUUUGAAGCAAACUUUGCUGACUUUGAUGCAUUCAACAAUAAACCGAAACCUGUGCCUCGGAGUCGUCCACAUAAAGAUUUAGACGUAUUCAAUACUGAUCUAGAGGCCAACUUUGAGACUACUGCCUCAAGUCAACCUUUACCAUCAAAUGCGGAUGCCGAUGCCUGGAAAAGAGGCUCACUUCAAAGUCGGCCAUUAACGGAAGACGUGGGGAUCUACCAUGAUGAGAAUUUCUUUGACCACAGUCAAAAUCAGAAUCCCAGCGUGAGAGAAAGUGUGAACAAUGGGAAUGUGUACUGUGAUGUAGCUCCACCUACAACAAGUCAAGCAACAGGUGGAAGAGAAAGCUUAAGUGUAGAAAAUGUUUACACAGAUUUACCAACCAAUGACAGCCCAGCACCUGCUCCUGUUGCUAGGCAACCCAUCAGACCCGCUCCGCUGCCGCCAGGGCCAAGGCCCAGUGCUGUCAAUAAGCCUUUUAUGGGUACCAGGGUCUUGCCUCCAUUGCCCUCGAUGCCCAGACCUCCAGCUCCUCAUGCCAUGCCAGAUGACAGUGCCAUCUAUCAGUUGCAGGGAGAAGUGGACUCUCACGCAGAGGUGAACGAGAGUGAGGACAGCCUCAGUGAUGGCGGUGAGAUCUACAGCGCUGUGGAGGAGACUACCACGCUGAAACCAUUCGAUCCUGCUGAAAUGAGCAGUAGGAUCCCCAUCACUCCAACAUCACCUGUAAGGAGAACAGAAAGGCAAGGCAUGCUGUAUAAACAAGGAGGUAAACAAGGGAACAAAGGCUGGAGAAAACGCUGGGUUGUUUUCAAUGGAAAAGACAUCAGAUAUUAUGAAGAUCAAAAGAGUAAAGUCUCCAAAAGAAUAAUCCCUAUGGCGGUGAUGAAGAAUGUGGAGAACGAUGUCAGGCCAGGGGAGUCAAAGCAGUAUCGUUUCAAGCUCUUUACUCUUGACCGUGUCUUCAUCUUUGCUGCUGAGGAUUUAGAUGACUUGACCUAUUGGAGCAGUACAUUAUUACAGGCCAUUAUAAAAUACAAGGAUGUGGAGUGUAACAUGUUAAUACCAGGUGGAGACAUGGCGGGACCUGACAAGGAAGGAUUCCUGAAGAUGGACGGAACCAAGGGCAAAUGUUACAUUGCCAUCAAAGGAGACAAGCUCUGCUAUUAUAACAAUUAUGAUGAUUUUAAAGUGGCAUCUCCCAUUCAUGAAAUAGAAAUGCAGCUUGCUUCUGUCAAAGAUGCUGGCAAAAACAAAAUACAGCUUAUAACAAAUUAUCAUUCUUUUCUGUUUACCUGUGACAGUGUCCAGGACUUCCAGCAAUGGCGGGAGGCUAUGGAGGAAGCCAUCGCUGAGGGACUGUCUGAUGAUACGGUUUUAAAGCAAGUCUACGAGAACAGAAGUAACAAGCAGUGCGCAGACUGUAGUGCCCCCGAGCCGCACUGGGCGUCCAUUAACCUGGGGAUAACACUGUGCAAGAGCUGCUCAGGGGUGCACAGACACCUGGGCACUUCCAUCUCCAAGGUGCGGUCACUACGGAUGGACCACAAGGUGUGGUCCACCUCACUGGUCAAGAUGUUCCAGGCAAUAGGCAAUGAUAAUUCCAAUGAUUUCUGGGAGUGGAAGUUACCACUGGAGGAUAAACUGGAACCAGAUGUAGAUACGCAAACAAGACAGACAUUCAUCAUGAGCAAAUAUCAGAGUAAAAUGUACUGCAAGGACCACGCACUGCAGGGAAAACAAGAAUCCUUGAAUGAGUCCCUGUGUCGGUCAGUUCAGAGAGAUGAUAUCAUGGAGACUGUGUCCCUGCUCUUCCAUGGCGCUGAGACAACCCAUGAGUCAAGCUGUAUAUAUUUUGGGACUCCUAGCCUUACACCUGUGCAACUGGCCAAGCUGGCAAAGCAGACAGUGCAGUUGGAGUUUUUAUAUCAAAAUGGUGCAGAUGGUAUGAAUGGCAGUGGCAGUGGGAGUUUCUCAGGUGCAAGCGUAUCUCGAAGAAACAUUUCCUUUAAAGGUUAUUUAUAUAAAACUGGGAGCAAUCAGAAAGAAUUCCUCAAGAGGUGGUGUGUGCUGGAGAACGGAACUCUCAGCUACUUUGCCGACCAGAAGGCCAUUGUAGCCAAAGAUACCAUAGAAGUUAAGGACAUCAUGUCUGUUAACAGAACCACUAAUGAAAAAUAUGAGCAUUCCUUUGAGGUGUGUACCACCAAGUCAGGAGGUAGAGUUUAUCUGUUUGCCACAGACUCUGAAGAAGAAAUAGCAGAGUGGAUUACUAACAUUGCAAAAAGUUGCGUGCCAUAUACUGCCAUAGACGAGGUUCAGCCUUUCUACGCUGCUGGUUGGAUGUUUAUCAGAGAGGGCGCCACAGGAGACUGGAGGAAGACGUGGAUCCAGCUCAAGGAAAGACAGCUAGCCUUAUUCGUAGAGCAUGAGAGGGAGUCCAGCUAUGUAGACCUGAGGAAAGCUGUGGGAUUAAAGGAGCAGGAAGGAACUUGUAAUGAAUCAUAUGAAAAUGGAAUGAUGUUUGUAGUUGACUGGCCUGGGAGAGCCCUCUAUUUCCAAGCAGACAUGAAGAAGGAUACAGAAAGCUGGUGGAAGAUUAUACACACUGCAGCCACUGAGAGUGGUCCCAAACUGGAUGAGCAACAGUUGACCCAGGAGGACAUCCCAGUGAUCGUGGACAAAUGUAUCAAGUUCAUUUCAGCUCAUGGCACAACUACAGAGGGUAUAUACAGGUUAAAUGGCACCCAUUCCAAGGUGGCGCAUCUAUUAGAGGCGUUCAGAGAAGAUGCCAGAUCAGUCCACCUGAAGGCAGAUGACUACAGCGUACAUGACGUGGCCAAUGCACUGAAGAGGUAUUUCCGGACUCUGACAGCACCAUUGUUGACGCGAGACCUUUAUCCAAAGUUUGUGGAGACUGCAGCAUACCAGGAUCACAACAGCAAGUUACAAUGGUACAAGUAUCAUUUAGGACAGCUGCCCAAGGUGAACUUCAACACUCUGAAGAAGCUGCUGUUACACCUACAAAUCAUAGCCAAGAACAAUGCUGAGAACAAGAUGACAGAUGUCAACCUGGGGUCCAUCUUUGGUCCCGCGCUGAUGACUCUGGAUAGUGACCACACGGGACAGAAAUAUAACACCACCCAGCAAGAGAUAGCCACGUUAGUGGACAUGAUCAGAUACUAUGACUGGCUCUUUGAUGUAGAUAAAGCAACCAAAGAAAAAGAAGAGAAAAUAGAAGAAGCCCUUGAGAAGAUGAAGAAAGCCCAAGCUCCUCAGGCUCAGGCAGGUGACUUCAUGAUUCCUAUCUAUAUCGGUGACAAGUCGGGCACCUGUCACAUGGUCAAGGUCCCAGCCAGUAUGACUGUAGAAGAACUGUUGUCAGAGAUCAUGAUAGUGGCCAAGCUGCGGCCAGGAAACUGGGGGAUCUUUGAAGUUAUCUGUGAUGGUCAGCUAGAACGCCCCCUCCACUUCAGUGAGAAGCCCCUGCCAGUGACGUUCCGGUGGAGUCACUGGGGAGAGGAGGAUGGGAGAAACAGCUAUCUCUGUGUUAAACCUAAUGUGAUCUAUGAACAGCUAGAACAAGUGUUCAACCCUCACAUAUCAUCGUUUAGUGAACUCCGCUUUAGCGACAAGAAAAGGUUUAACAAGUUUUUCUUUGAGUUCAGCCAAUCCAAUCUCAGUUACUACAAGGACUCUAAGCUAGGGUCACCCAUUGGUUCCUGGAAGGUUGAAGAUUUAACAAUCUACCUGGGUGUGGAACAGAAAAGAUCAAAAGAAAAAUGGUGCUUUACUUUUAUUGAAGAUAAUGAAAAAGUUGUCAGAUCAAAAGAUUCCCCAUUCUUUGGUAAAACAGUUUGCUGCAAUAGCGAGGACGAGAGGCUGCGUUGGCUGGCUGCCAUGUACUAUGCACAGCACCCUGAGGGUCUAUAUAAAGAGGGGGCCUCCAAGGAGCCAGUAUCUCUAGCCAGUCCAGGGAGUAGCUCUAGUCUGUCCAGUAUGGGCACUGAACAAGACCCCAAGGGGAGUCCCAAGUUCUCCAAGGCAUUUUCCAAGGUGACAACCUCCUUUAGAUUCUUGAAGAAAAAUUGACGUGGCUGCUUGAACAAAACAGUGGUGUAGUUGGCAGUGCAGAGAGUAAAUGUGUUAUUACUGGUAAAUAGGUGCUCCUCGGCAAGAAAUAUAGUGAAAUCUGGCUGUAAGAACUUAAAAUGCUAUCGACAUCACUCGAGAGGAGUGUAUUUAUGAAAGAGCAUCAUUCAGUCUUUACAGGUUGAAUUUAUUUGCAAGUAAUAUAGAAAUUUACAACCAUGACAGACUUUGUGAUGUAAUUAGACAUUCAGAUGCAGUCAUGACUGAAAUCCAAGUACAGUCUUGGGAAAGACUGAUUGUAAACCAUGCUGGGCAUGAAAAGGGCAUUAUAGCACAGGACCCAACACUGUACAAGGAAUUAAGAUAUUGGCAUGCUAUGGAUAGUGUGAUGGUUGUGCAAUUAAGUCAGACUGUAGUAGUCAAUACUAAAACUUCCGGGCUUUCACAAAAAAAGGUUUGAAAUUAAGAUUAUGUUAGGAAAUUGAGAUUCAAACAUGGCAGGUGCUAUGGUAAAAGAGGGAUUUAGGUGCAGGCAUGUCACCUGCUAAGAAAUGGUUAUGUUGAUGAUUACAACAAAACCAGGACAACAAUCCUAAUAACAGGCCUGGAUUAAGACAAGGUCUUAACUGGAAGAUGCCAACAGAUCAUUAGAUUUCCAUGAGAAUGGGUUUUAAAUCUGAGACUGAUGCUGGACUUAAUCCAAGCUAACUUUUAUGGCCAGAGAUUUUUGCGGAAAGAAAGUCUUAUCCUUCAGCUUCAGCUAGGUUCUAGAAAAAAAAACAGACACAGACUAAGUGCAGCGGGCUGGCUUCACUGAAGAAGUUUGGAUGAUUAAUUGUCUGUGUUAGGAACCAUGUUUUGAUAGAAAGAUAUGUCAUAAGGUUUCACUGAGAAGACGUUGAGUGUGGUGGCCAAGUGUUUGACAGGGAAACUUGAGGUCAUUGAAACAGAGGAGGACAUGACAGUCUUCACACACAUAAAAAAAAAUUAAAAACAAAAAAAGCCCUGACAUGUUCUAUUAAAAUACUGUGAGGAUUUAGAAAAUUUGAUAUGCUGGAAGGUAGAUGAAGCUCAUUCAGAAUUUUUUUUAAGUUUAGCACAAAUUAUUUAUGUUCAUUUAAAAUGAAUUCUGUAAGCAAUACUUAGUUGUAUAGUCAUUAUAUAUUUAUUUUGGGUAACAUUUUUCCAUAAAAUCCAAAAUGAUGAAUUUUUUGCUGGUUUUAUAAAAUUAUUUUGGAGGUAUUAAAUUAUCACUUAAGCAGUUGUUUUGAAAAAUUUAAGACAGUAUUUGUAGGAUAAUAAAUUAUGUGCCACUAGCAUAGGAAAGUUUAUGUAUUCCAGGAUUAUUGUAUAAAUACUGAAUGUAAGGUUGUAUCACUGAGCACUAGUUGCAAAACUACCUUUUAAACUUGCUAAGAUGAUUCUUACAUCUGGUUUGUUUGCCAUCUGUAUAAAGAAAUCUGUUGUACGGAAAUCA